AUGGCCUGGUGCACCCAAUGUGCGCCAUCGUGUUCUCGUCGAUCGCUGCUGGGGUCUCUGGCGAAGAGCCUGGAGCGCAGCCCAUUCGCCAGCGCCCCGCAGCCCCACCUCGACCUGCUGGCGGCGAUGCUGCUCCUGUCAGGGCUGCUCCUCAAGGAGGCGUGCGGGGUUGCGGGUCUCAGCGAGGAGCUCCUCGUCGGCGCCUUCCUCCUCGUCGCGCGCAGCCUCUUCACGUCCGCCCCGUUCCGUUCUGCCGCCGCCGGCUGCGCCGCACCUCACGGCGCCAGGGCCGCGCCGCGUCGGCCCGCGCCCGCCACGGGCCGCCAGGCGAAGUCCCGGCCCCGCGGCAGAGACCGUCUCGAGCCUGGCCCGGCGCGCGGCCUCGACCCCUCGGCUGCGGGGGGCGGGGCUGCGCGCCGGUACGACCCCCUCGGAGCGCAGGUCGCCCGCGGGAGCAGCAGGACAGACAGCGCGGCAGGCACGCGGCCCCGAGCUCCCGCGUGCCCGUCGCCUGCAGUCGCCAAGCCGGUCCACAGCCGCUGCCGCGGGCUUCGCGGCGAGUGCUCGUGGCUCGUCGCGGAGGCGCUGGAGAGCGGCGCCGCCGCCGACCUGAGCUUCUUCAAGAGGGUGGCUGGUUCUCUGGGCGAGGCCGCCUUGCGGGAGAGUGCCGCGGACCUGCUCCAGGCGAUGCGCGAGCAGGGGCUGGUUGUAGAUUGGGGCAUCCAGAUGCAACUGUCGCAGCCUUUUAACGGCAGCCUCCCUGACGAUCUGAUGGAGGGCUUUUGGGCCCUGAGGGAGCAGGACUGCGGGCUGUGCUGGACGGUGCUUCGGUCUCUCAUGGUGGGGUACGAGCGGAAGGCGCCUGAGCGCACGCUGGAGCUCUAUGAGGGCAUAAAGUCGUCAGGGCUCAAGCCAGACCUCUUAGUCUGCAACGCUGUGCUGUGCGCUCUUGCUCAGGGCGCCCGGGCCAGUGAAGCCCUCCAGCUGUUCCAGCAGAUGUGCCCCGACGAUGGGGCGUCCAACAUCGGCACGAGCCCAAACGGCAAGUCGUAUGGCUCAGUGAUCCGGGCCUGCACGGCAGGUGGCAGGAAUAAAGUGGCGGUCGCUCUGUUUGACUGCAUGGUGACGAAGGGUAUCAAGCCGAACCGGUUCGCCUACCACGACGCGAUCUUGAGUCUCAUGAGGCUCAAGAAGAUACGCAGGGCCUGGAACCUCUAUCUUAGCAUGAAGAGGGACGGGGUGCCCCCGUGUGACAACACCCUCCGCCUCUUAAUCCGCACGUGCGCCAUGCGCGGGUGGCACGAGGAGGCGGCGAGCAUCUCCGAGCAUUUCCGCAGCGCGAAGAGGGCUGAGGCGCAGGUGGAGUCCGAGGCCGCCACGGAGUUCCGGGAGUCCUCGGCCGAGGGGGAGUCCGAGUGA